AUGCAGGGAAGUACGCUGCAGGAUUGGGGGAUGGGACGGAUUGCGGAGGUGAAAAGAGGGCCUACGGGGAAAGGGCCAAAAACAAAUGUCUGUAGGAUAACUUUAACAUUGUAUCAUGUAGACCUAGAUAACAAACCAAAUAUGGAUUGUCGUGUUAAUUUCGCUUUCUGUCAAUAGGCCUUUAUGUUCAAAACAGUUUUGCGUCUGAGAUAAAGUCCCUUGUUUACGGAUGUGACUAGAUGAGUACAGCUGACGAGACAACCUGGUCUCAGAGCAUUUCGUAUUAUUCUGUACCUAAAUCCGAGAUUUACGUUGACAUUUUAGUCAUUUAGCAGACGCUCUUAUCCAGAGCGACCUACAGUAGUGAGUGCAUACAUUUUCAUUUAGUUUGAAAUGUUACGUUUUGUAUGGUAUGUAUUAAUGUGUGUAUGUCCAUCACCCAUUUUGUAUGAUAUGUUACGAAUUACAAUUUGUAUUAUAUGUUACGAAUUUGCAAAAUGUACAAUAUGUUACGAAUUUGCAAAAUGUACUAUAUAUAUUAAUCAGCAAAACGUAUGAUAUGUUACGAAUUCUAGCUAGGUGGCUAAUGUUAGCUAGCUGGCUAACGUUAGCUAGUUUAGGGUUAAGGACCCGAUAUGCAUAAAUAAAAAAUGUAAAUAUAGAGACCCGCUCCGAACGGACCCAAGGAAAACUAGACCCAUUCCGUAUAGACUUGUUCAGAUCCCUCCUCUCGCGCUGAUAAUGCGUGAGAGAAGGGAGAGAGGUGCCGCUCUAGCAGGCGGGGGAGGGGCCGUACUGUGAGCGAGUGAAACAGGGAGGGAGAGACAACAUCCAAUCAAGCCUACUCGCGCUAUAGUAGACUAACAGCUGCCGUAGCUAGGUUAUUUAUCAAAUAUGAUUAAGAAGUACCUGUCUUGACUGCAUCAAACAGGGAGAAGCUAGUUAAGCUAGCUAACGUUAUCUAGUUAGGCUGCAGUGUAUGCGCUUUCUCAUUCUACAGUUACAUAUAACAACUCCUCCAUUCAGAAUAUUACCUAAAUAGCAGCCUUACCAAACAUAACAUAUCAUACUAAUUUGUGUGUCCCAGAUUUACAUUUACUAUGUCUAGUCUGAGAACAGGCUGGGCGAGAAGUGCACAAUAUCUGUUUUAGCUGUACUGUCAGCCAUAAUUUCAUGUUUGUGUACAUUUGAAUAAUGAAUUCUCUAGGUUUGAUAUUGAAGAAAAUGAACAAUGCGUCAACAUUGCAAUGUUGCGCAACCACAAUAUUUUGCCUUACAAUAUUAAUCGGACUAAAAUGGAUCACAUAAUAGCUAUAUUAACCAUCAUAUUCUCAUCUCAUUUUAAUGGGAACGUAAUGGGAGCUUUUUAACCACUAACCUGUCGACAAAAGCAGGCAUGAUUCUAAUGUCAUAUAUAAUUUUCAAACAUUCAGUCACUUGUUUUGCUAACAUUUUUAAGCAAUAUGAAUUAGAGGAGACAAUGGCCUGUUAUUAAAUGUUUUUUUAUUUUAUUCCAGGUCAUCAGUUUACAUUGUGUUACUUUCGUCCCACCCGUCUCUCCUGUAACUUUUUCCAGGCUAACACCAAGACUAGCUAGCAUUAUACUUGAAGCCUAUACUGUCAUUUAGUCACUAGAUGGGUUAAGAAAAUGACAUACAGUACCAGUCAAAGGUUUGGACACACCUACUCAUUACAGGGUUUUUCUUUAUUUUUAAUAUUUUCUACAUUGUAGAAUAAUAAGGAAGACAUCAAAACUAUGAAGGAACACAUAUGGAAUCAUGUAGUAACCAAAAAAGUGUUAAACAAAUCAAAACAAUAUUUUAUAUUUGAGAUUCUUCAAAGUAGCCACCCUUUGCCUUGAUGACAGCUUUGCACACUCUUGGCAUUCUCUCAACCAGCUUCAUGAGGUAGUCACCUGGAAUGCAUUUCAAUUAGCAGGUGUGCCUUGUUAAAAGUUAAUUUGUGGAAUUUAUUUCCUUCUUAAUGCGUUUGAGCCAAUCAGUUGUGUUGUGACAAGGUAGGGGUGGUAUACAGAAGAAAGCCCUAUUUGGUAAAAGACCAAGUCCAUAUUAUGGCAAGAACAGCUCAAAUAAGCAAAAAGAAACAACAGUCCAUCAUUUACUUUAAGACAUGAAGGUCAGUCAAUCUGGAAAAUUUCAAGAACUUUUAAAGUUUCUUCAAGUGUUAGUGACAGAUUUCUUGAUUUAUCUUAGAUUGAUUCUGACUGUUUUGAGGAAGUUUUACUGUAUGUUGUUGCUAUGGCGUCUCAAGAGGGACAAGCAGUUAUUUUGAUGCUUUUUUUGUAGUUUUGCAAGCGAUUGUCUUUUUAAGGGAGUAUGCGAGGCACACACGUUCGCUUUGCCUAGCCGAGUUCUGCUAGGAGCAAACCGAACCUAGUAUGCGGACGCCUUAAGGCAUUUCAGACCAGUAUUCAUCCCCUUUGGCAUUUUUCCUAUUUUGUUGCAUUACAACCUGUCAUUUAAAUGGAUUUUUAUUUGGAUUUCAUGUAAUGGACAUACACAAAAUAGUCCAAAUUGGUGAAGUGAAAUAAAAUAAAAAAACUUGUUUCAAAAAAUUCUAAAAAAUAAAAAACGGAAAAGUGGUGCGUGCAUAUGUAUUCACCCCCUUUGCUAUGAAGCCCCUAAAUAAGAUCUGGUGCAACCAAUUACCUUCAGAAGUCACAUAAUUUGUUAAAUAAAGUCCACCUGUGUGCAAUCUAAGUGUCACAUGAUCUCAGUAUAUAUACACCUGUUCUGAAAGGCCCCAGAGUCUGCAACACCACUAAGCAAGGAGCACCACCAAGCAAGUGGCACCAUGAAGACCAAGGAGCUCUCCAAACAGGUCAGGGACAAAGUUGUGGAGAAGUACAGAUCAGAGUUUGGCUAUAAAAAAUAUCAGAAACUUUGAACAUCACACGGAGCACCAUUAAAUCCAUUAUAAAACAAUUGAAAGAAUAUGGCACCACAACAAACCUGCCAAGAGAGGGCCGCCCACCAAAACUCACGGACCAGGCAAGGAGGGCAUUAAUCAGAGAGGCAACAAAGAGACCAAAGAUAACCCUGAAGGAGCUGCAAAGCUCCACAGUGGAGAUUGGAGUAUCUGUCCAUAAGACCACUUUAAGCCGUACACUUCACAGAGCUGGGCUUUAAAGAAGAGUGGCCAGAAAUAAAUAAGCAAACACGUUUGGUGUUCACCAAAAAGCAUGUGGGAGACUCCCCAAACAUAUGGAAGGUACUCUGGUCAGAUGAGAGAGCUUUUUGGCUAUCAAGGAAAACGCUAUGUCUGGCGCAAACCCAUCACCUCUCAUCACCCCGAGAACACCAUCCCCACAGUGAAGCAUGGUGGUGGCAGCACCAUGCUGAGGAGAUGUUUUUAGCGGCAGGGACUGGGAAACUGGUCAGAAUUGAAGGAAUGAUGGAUGGCACUAAAUACAGGGAAAUUCUUGAGGGAAACCUGUUUCAGUCUUCCAGAGAUUUGAGACUGGGACGGAGGUUCACCUUCCAGCAGGACAAUGACUCUAAGCAUACUGCUAAAGCAACACUCGAGUGGUUUAAGGGGAAACAUUUACAUGUUUUGGAAUGGCCUAGUCAAAGCCCAGACCUCAAUCCAAUUGAGAAUUGUGGUAUGACUUAAAUAUUGCUGUUCACCAGCGGAACCCAUCCAACUUGAAGGAGCUGGAGCAGUUUUGCCUUGAAGAAUGGGCAAAAAUCCCAGUGGCUAGAUGCGCCAGGCUUAUAGAGACAUACCCCAAGAUACUUGCAGCUGUAAUUGCUGCAAAAGGUGGCUCUACAAAGUAUUCACUUUGGGGGGUGAAUAGUUAUGCACGCUCAAGUUUUCUGUUUCUUUGUCUUAUUUCUUGUUUGUUUCACAAUCAAAAAUAUUUUCAAAGUGGUAGGCAUGUUGUGUAAAUCAAAUGAUACAAACCCCCAAAAAAUCCAUUUUAAUUCCAGGUUGUAAGGCAACAAAAUAGGAAAAAUGCCAAAGUUUACAAAUUUGCACAAUAUCAGCACGUGAGAAUGAGAGCACUGACUAACGUGUUGUGUCCCCAACCCAGCACAUAUUAAACAAUCUUACCAGUUACAAUGUUGCUGUAAAAUGAAGCCUAACUAGUUUACACUGCAGUACCUUAGUUACCACAGGGGAUGUAGUUAUUACAUUGGUUAUUAUUAUUAUUAUUAUUAUUAUUAUUAUUAUUAUUAUUAUUAUUAGCAUACUUUUUUAUUAUUGUAGUUAUACAUAUGGUAAAUCUAUGGAUUGAGGGGUGAAAUCUAAGACGAUAAACUACCGUCACAUCCACUGUAAUGGGUAGAGUUGACCAGCUAUUUCAAAAUAUGUGGCUAUGAAAUCAUAAGUAUGCUAGACCUAAAAUGAGAACCUAGCCUACUUGGACACUUCUUCGUGACACUAAUCAAUUUCAACCCUUUCAAUGACUCCAAAAUCCUUGAGACCAGAACACUAAGCACAUUAUUGGACAAUUUGUUUGUGAACUUGUUUUUAUGGCACUGCAUUGUCCUGUAGCCUACUCUUUUAUAUAUAUAUUUUUUUCUUGGUUAUUUGAAAUAAAUGUUUUAGGCCUACUUAUUUUUGCCCCAUUUAUUUUUAUUUUGCUAAGCUUUUUUGUUGAUGUUUUAUAGUGAAUAGUUGGUGUUAAUGGUGUAAAAACUAGAUAAAUCAAAAAUACAUUAUUUAAAACAAAAAUACAUAGACACUGAGUGUACAAAACAUUAGGAACUCCUGCUCUUUCCAUGACAUAGACUGACCAGAUGAAAGCUAUUAUCCCUUAUUGAUGUCACUUUUUAAAACCUCUUAAUGUGCAUGGUUCUGGUUCUGGUUCCGACCGACAUUUUCGCUUAUAAAUCUAUCUGUGGACACGGUUUCAUUUGCUCUUACGACUGUCCAUCAACUCCUGGCUGAACCCUGCCUCACAGCCACUGACAAAGCACAUGCCUGUAAUCGUUACAUUGUAGCGCAGCAGUAGAGUGGUUUUGUCACGGUAGCACAUUUCUGAGAUCGAUUUAUAGCCAUUAAUCUAUAAUAAUUCAUAGAUUUUAAACAAACAAAAAAACGUUAUGUUUGACCUAGACCAACAAGAUUAAUAUGAGAUGAAAGGCGAGUUCUUAACGAGUUCAGGAAGCCAAGCAAUAACUCUGAGACGUUCACAGCGAUAGGGGCAGACGUUUUGAUCAAGGGAGACCUUCUGAAAAUAUGCACAUUUUCUCUAACACUAAACAAACAAAUGUAUUUAACAGUUGAAAUGACUUAUAUGCUUUCUAAAUAUAGCAUAAUCAAAUUAUAAAAUGACUAACUAUAAGAUUUCACCUUCCUUAUAAGCCAUAUUCAUACAGUUUUGUUGAAUAGGAAAAGCAUAAUAAAAUAUUUAAUAUUUUUUAAUUAUAUUUGUACUGUGUACUUGAGCUUGUGUCCUCAAAAGUGACAACAUCAACUAUCUUUGCCAGAAAGGUGAGAUUUUAACCUUUCUUUGACUAUGCAGCAUUACUAGUUAUUGUUUAUGGCCCUCUCAUGAUAAACAAUAACUUUUGGGGAUUACGUAGAUUACAUUUUCGAUUACAUUUAGUUACAUUUGACUGGUUAAAUCCACUUCAAUCAGUGUAGAUGAAGGGGAGGAGACGGGUUAAAUACAUAUUUUUAAGCCUUGAGAGACAAUUGAGACAUGGAUUGUGUAUGUGUGCCAUUCAGAGGGUGAAUGGGCAAGACAAAAGAUUUCUGUGGUAGAGCAUGGCGUUUGCAACGCCAGGGUUGUGGGUUCGAUUCCCACAGGGGGCCAGUAUGAUUUUAUUUCAUUUUAAUAUAUGUAUGCACUCACUAACUGUGCUAAAUGACUAAAAUGUAAAUAUAGUAUAGACUGUUUUUAGCCUUCAGCCUUUAUAAAAUCAUAUGAACAAAUUUAUAUACAAUAUUAGACUAUAAAAUACUAUUGGUCUGAGAUAACUAUUGGUUUGAGCUGUCUCUUUAAGUCAAAGUGAACUAUUAGUCAUGUGAACACCUGUCUCUCUCAUGUAUUUCUGGAUAGAAUUGCCUAAAUAUGAACAUUUUUGUGGAGCAAUUGAGAUCAAGACUUUCCUCCUUCCAGGCACUUGUGUUGUUGGCCUUGUGUUGUUCUGUCCAUCUGUCAAAACUGACCCAGGGUUUGUGUGUAGACAAAGGGGCCCAAGGCCUUAUCUGGUGCCAUGGAAACCGUUGUUUUUGUCUUGUUGCAAACGGCCACCAAGUUGCAAAGUUCAGCAGGGCGGGAUUAGUUUAGAAAAUAUAAUGUUCACUUGCUGUUUCGUUUAUGGUCUGAGUUGAUUCAGCACCUGGUUUGCUGCACUGAUUGUAUUGUCUAUAACCAUAGGGGGUUUGAGAUAAUAGGCGACAUAUAUUUUUCCUUUGAGUUACCUGUGUGAGAGGGUGAAAGGCAGAUGGGAUAUAGAACAGAUACAAUCUGCUAGUUGUUUUGUCAUCUCACCUGUUCUCUCCUCCUUGUGUCCACAGAGCAGAGAGUAGACGAUGUGAGACUGAUCCGAGAGCAGCACCCCAACAAGAUCCCGGUUAGUAUCACAUCCAUUACCACCACAACCAUGCAAAGAUCUAAUAUACAUUGGGUUAGAGAGUAUUCCCAAAUACAGACCCAUCCAUGCUUUCCUCAACACAGAGGUUAUCCUUCCUAGCAGAUAUUUUCAUGAAGAAUAGGUAGAAGGGUAUGGAACCGUCUCGGUGUUAGCCAUGUGUCAGGACCCAAACAGACCACAUAUCAGAUUGAAUAUCACUUUAACCUUCCAUCUGCUGCCUCUCUAAUCCAGACACACACACUGAAACACUGACUGACUGAAAGGGCCUCAGUUACAGUACAUGACCACUUCCUGAUCCUUUCCUUUGUCUGUCCAGGGGUCCAACAAAUCUGAGUAAUUCCCCCUCUGACUGACACUAGCUUUGUCUUGGUAAUGUCCCCUCCCCCUCUGACUGACACUAGCUAUGUCUUGGUAAUGUCCCCUCCCCCUCUGACUGACACUAGCUGUGUCUUGAUAAUGUCCCCUCCCCCUCUGACUGACACUAGCUAUGUCUUGGUAAUGUCCCCUCCCCCUCUGACUGACACUAGCUAUGUCUUGGUAAUGUCCCCUCCCCCUCUGACUGACACUAGCUAUGUCUUGGUAAUGUCCCCUCCCCCUCUGACUGACACUAGCUGUGUCUUGAUAAUGUCCCCUCCCCCUCUGACUGACACUAGCUGUGUCUUGAUAAUGUCCCCUCCCCCUCUGACUGACACUAGCUGUGUCUUGGUAAUGUCUCCUCCCCCUCUGACUGACACUAGCUGUGUCUUGGUAAUGUCCCCUCCCCCUCUGACUGACACUAGCUGUGUCUUGGUAAUGUCCCCUCCCCCUCUGACUGACACUAGCUGUGUCUUGGUAAUGUCCCCUCCCCCUCAGACUGACACUAGCUGUGUCUUGGUCAUAGAAAUAUAAUAAAUAGAAUUGGCGUCCCCAUUCAAGUCAAUGAUGGCAUAAUGGGUGGACUGGCGGCCAUUGCGAGGAGCAAAGCUGGAAAUAAAAGCAGGAAGUGUACCCAUCAAUAUGUGCUUUGAUUUGUUGACUCCACUGACAUCACAAAAAAUACAUUCCAUUGUUUGAGCCACAUCAGUAACAUCAUUUUAAUGAACAUUCUACAUUACAUUUUAGUCAUUUAGCAGACGCUCUUAUCCAGAGACAUUUCCUCUGCUUCCUUUCAGGUCAUCAUCGAGAGAUACAAGGGAGAGAAGCAGCUGCCCAUCCUGGAUAAAACCAAGUUCCUGGUUCCUGACCAUGUCAACAUGAGCGAAUUGAUCAAAAUCAUCAGGUACUCUUUCAUGAUGUUACAUUAUCCUUUAUUACCUUCUCAUCAAUUUAUCAGUCACUCACUACAGCAAAUGUACUUCUACCAAUGUGUCGAUCUGAUGUGCUGAACUCUUUGUCCAUGUGUCUUUGUCCCACAAGGAGGCGCCUCCAGCUGAACUCCAACCAGGCCUUCUUCCUGCUGGUGAACGGCCACAGCAUGGUCUCCGUGUCGGCAGCCAUCGCUGAGGUGUACGAGCGCGAGAAGGAUGACGAUGGCUUCCUCUACAUGGUGUACGCCUCACAGGAGACCUUCGGAACCGUGGCCCCCCAGUAA